GUUUUUCUCCAUGAAAACUUCAUCAAGAGGAUCAACGACAAGGAUUAAAGAAGGCUUCAAACACGUUUCAUAUUUUCAAAAAUUGAAUUAUUUAGAGUAAGGUUUGCAAUAAAUUUCUUUGCAGAAAACAGGAUGUAUUGUGAGAAAAAAAAAAGCGAAAAAGUGUUUCAUGAAGUUCAUAACUCAUAUUGAAGUGAAACAAGCAGAAAAAAGGUCUCAAAAAAAAAUCUAAAAGUUCAAAAUGCGUUUAUCUUUCUAUUUAAGAUUAUUAUUUUUGUUAUUUUCAAUCACACUUUGUUCUUGUUUGAAAUGCUAUACGUGUACUUCAAGCUCUGCAAAAAACUGCUACUUGAAACAGAGGUUUGAACAUUGCGAAGAGAACAAAAAUACUUGUUUAACAAUUUAUCAUACUGACGUAAUUCACUCUGGUAACAAAACUUUAGUUAAAUCACGUUUCCUAAAGUCAUGUGUGGAAACCACUCGUAACUGUAAUACUGAUUAUUGCCGCCCAUUUGCAGAUAGCAAAUACUGCAGGGCUUAUUGCUGCAAUCGAGAGGGAUGCAAUAAAUUUGAUGACCCUGUCGUUAUAAGUGCAAAGUAUACAAGUUACGGAGAGAUUUUGCUACCAUUUUAUUCGUUGAUACAAAUUGUUGUUGUUAUUCAAUAUUUAUAACAUUUUGCAUACAACAAAAUAUAAUCGCUAUACAAUGAAACAGAAGUGCUUAUUAGAAGUUUUAUAUACUUUCGGAGAAAAAGUACUAAUCUGCUUUUAGCGGCAUAAACAAUUUUUUUUUGUUUAUUUAACAUUUUUAUAUAGUUUGUAAAUCCUGUAAUUGAAGAAAAUU